UGAUUUAUAAAAAGGCUCAUUUCCCUUCUUACAUUUCUCUGUUUCUGCUAUCUCCUUCCAGUUGAAACAGAACUAACACAAUGGAUUGUGGUCAUGUCUCCCUCGAAGAAUCCGACAAACUGAAAUCUCCGCUCUUGCCGGUCGUCCAUAAUAUUAAUGAGGAACCACACGAACAACAAACGGUGGGGCAACAUCUCCAGACAAUAUUCACACCUAAGAAUUGUUACAUCGCUCUUGGUCCUCUUCUCUGCGCCGUCGUGUGUCUAUGCGUACGGCUCGGUGGAGAUGAUAAGACGACGGCGAGGAACAUGCUCGGCGUUCUUGUGUGGAUAUUCGCGUGGUGGUUGACGGAAGCCGUUCCGAUGCCGAUCACUUCCAUGUCGCCGCUUUUCCUAUUUCCUCUGUUUGGAAUCACGUCGGCGGAUGACGUGGCAAUUUCUUACAUGGAUGACGUCAUCGCCUUGGUCCUCGGCAGCUUUAUCCUUGCUCUCGCCGUCGAACACUACAAUAUUCAUCGCAGACUAGCCCUUAACAUAACGUUGGUGUUCUGCGUGGAGCCACUAAACGCGCCGCUGCUGCUUCUAGGAAUCUGCGCCACAACAGCGUUCGUGAGCAUGUGGAUGCACAACGUGGCGGCUGUUGUCAUGAUGAUGCCAGUCGCUACAGGAAUACUUCAGCGACUCCCUUCAUCAUCGUCGUCAACGGAAAUGGUUCCUCCGGCGGUGGGAAAGUUUUGCCAAGCAAUGGUUCUCGGUGUGAUAUAUUCAGCGGCAGUUGGUGGAAUGAGCACACUGACAGGAACAGGUGUGAAUCUCAUACUUGUCGGAAUGUGGAAAAGCUAUUUCCCUGAGGCUGAUCCAAUCAGUUUCAGCCAAUGGUUCUUCUUUGGUUUCCCAUUGGCCUUGUGCAUAUUCGUUACCCUCUGGGGUAUUCUAUGUGUGAUGUAUUGUCCUAAUGGAUCAGGGAAAGCUCUAUCUCCUUAUCUUCAUAAAUCUCAUCUCAAGAGAGAGCUUGAGAUGUUAGGACCAAUGAGUUUCUCUGAGAAGAUGGUCUUGUCCGUGUUUGGUGGGUUGGUUGUGUUGUGGAUGACAAGAAACAUAACCGAAGAUAUCCCCGGCUGGGGUUGCAUCUUCGACGGCCGGGCAGGGGAUGGAACGGUGAGUGUGAUGAUGGCUGCAUUGCUGUUUAUAAUCCCAAACAAUAUUAAAAAGGGAGAGAAGCUAAUGGAUUGGGACAAAUGCAAGAAACUCCCGUGGAACAUUGUCUUGUUAUUAGGAGCUGGGUUCGCUAUAGCCGAUGGAGUACGAACAAGCGGCUUAGCUGAAGUCUUGUCCAAAGGACUCGUGUUUCUCGAAACAGCUCCUUAUUGGGCCAUCGCUCCAACGGUUUGUCUCAUCGCUGCUACUAUCACUGAGUUCACGUCAAACAACGCAACCACUACAUUGUUGGUUCCUUUGCUCAUUGAGAUUGCAAAGACAAUGAGAAUCCAUCCUCUGCUCCUAAUGGUCCCUGGUGCCAUUGGGGCUCAGUUCGCUUUCUUGCUCCCCACGGGAACACCUUCUAACAUCGUUGGGUUCACGACAGGGCAUAUCGAGAUCAAGGACAUGAUCAAGACAGGCUUGGCUCUCAAGAUUGCUGGAACGGCCUUUCUCUCUGUUUUGAUGCCCACUCUAGGGGCAUACAUUUUUGCAUCAAAAGCAGGAGUUUAGUUCGAUGGGCUAAAAGCAUAAGACCAUUACACUAUUGAUUCAUUACUGUAAUAUAAUGAAGUACUAGGUAGUACCCGCGAUCUGCGCAGAAUAAGAUAUACAUUGUUGAAAUUACAUAUUAUGACUAAGUAUAACAUAAGGUAUAUACCUUAAACGAACGUUAGACACAACUAACUGUAUGAUUCAUUUAAUUAUGAUGUUAUCGACUCAGUGAUUAUACGUGAUUGUAUAAAUAUGUUCACUGGAGCCAAUUAC